AUCAGCUUAAGCAAGGCAUUUCUAUUUACCCCGACAAACCUUCAGGGGGCUUUUAGCAUUUGUUCAGUCUGCAGUCUCUGGAAAACGUCGGAUUCAUUUUUUUAACCAGUCCCAGAUGCGGCAGCGUGAGAGUGUGUGUGCAUGAGCGCGUCAGUGUGAGUUUGCCAGUGCAUGAGUAUUUGGGAAGAGAAUAUCUGCCGUCCAUACCGAAGGGGAGGAGAGAAAACCCGUGAGGAUUUUUUUUUUUUUAAUUAACUUUUUAGGUAUGAACGCAGCGUGCGUCUCAUACUGCGAUAUGACAUCGAUGGAUUCAUAUUAUAGCGCGUCCACUCCGCAGGGUAGGGAUCACCAGGCGAACCCGUUCAGGACUUUCCCGAGCUCUGAGACCAAAUACAGCCCCACGUUCAUCCCGGGGAAAGGACAGGCUUACGGAGAGAAGUCCCGCAGUCCUUUCCAGACCGAGUGCCAGUCUCUGGACGGCUCGGAGGAGGGCAGCUUCAACAAAUACCAGCUCUUCCUGCAGAGACCGAGCUGCAAAACUCCGCCCGAAGGAAGCAAGCUGCACGCGGACAGCGGACACAACGGGAGCCUCAUCCCCUGCUAUGGAAAAGACAACAGCGGCCUAACAGAGUCCGAGUUAGCCCCAAGCGGCGACUCUCCCGGGAUGGAGGGCAGCUACCUGAACCUGAAGGCGCCGGGCGAGAAGGGGCUGAACGAGCGGACGGGAUCUGACUUUUCCAGCCCUCUGGACAAAAGUGAGGUGGAGAGCAACAAAGGCAAGAAGAGACGCAAUCGCACCACGUUCACCAGCUACCAGCUGGAGGAGCUGGAGAAGGUUUUCCAGAAGACACACUACCCAGAUGUUUAUGCCCGCGAGCAGCUGGCACUGAGGACAGAUCUGACAGAGGCUCGUGUGCAGGUGUGGUUUCAGAAUCGCAGAGCCAAGUGGAGGAAGAGGGAGCGUUACGGUCAGAUGCAGCAAGUCCGGACUCACUUCUCUACUGCUUACGAGCUGCCUCUACUGACCCGGAACGAGAACUACGCUCAGAUCCAGAACCCUUCAUGGAUCGGCAGCAGCGGGGCCUCUCCAUUGCCAGGUUGCGUGGUGCCUUGCGACACUGUGCCCUCCUGCAUGCCGCCUCACCCUCACGGUCCUGGAGGCGUCUCUGACUUCCUGGGCGUGCCCAGUCCAGGGAGCAGCCACAUGGGACAGACGCAUAUGGGCAACCUUUUUGGAGGGGCCGGGAUGAGCGGGGGAAUCAAUGGCUAUGAUCUUAAUCUUGAUCCAGACCGCAAGUCUUCCAGCAUAGCUGCGCUGCGUAUGAAGGCCAAGGAACACAGUGCAGCCAUCUCUUGGGCUACAUGAUGUCUCAGCCCAAGUCCUCCCAGCCCCCAUUGGCCCUCUUCUCUGGAGCAGCCAUCAGCGUGGGGGAGGAGGGAGUUUUCCUGAGAGCACUAAAUGAUAACGCAGGUCAAAUGAACAGGGGGGAGACUGUGGAGAUAACCGAGGCCAUUACAGCGGCCAACGCAACCAUGAUAACAACUGUGACUGUGACAGUCCGCAGAUGCUUAAAGUGAGAGAAAUCCAGAGGUGUGACGCAGAAGAAGAUGUUACUAGGACUUUGUGUUCAUUCUUGAUUCCUUGAUUUCUCAGGUCGCAUUGAAAUAUGGGGUUUAGUCCCUGAAACUGGGUAUCAUUCAGAAAUUGAGAAUAAGCAAUAUAAUAAAUAUGGUUUACGGGAUUAGUUAAUAAAAAUACAGAAAUUCAGUGCCAAAGCCAGUCGUAUCUGCAGUACUAUAAAUGAAUAACUAAGCUUAUGUUAUUAAGUUCCUUAUUGUUUAUACCACCCAUCCUGCCCCACUCAUUUUGUUUGUUAUACUUUAUAAUAACUUUUAUAAAUGAGUUCAAGUACAUAUCUGAAGUUGUGUUUUUAAAAGCCAUUCAAAAACAAGGCCAAGCUCAGAUGAACACCAAGAUGCUAAGAGCUACUUUUCUGCCGCUUUCCAUUGCAUCCAAUAAUUGGUUUAUAAGAAACUUCAAAAGUUUUCUAAGGCUCCACCGGGUAGUUUAUUUGCCUGUAAAGAAGGACAGAGGUUGAACGCAGUAAGGUAACAGAGACUAACUGAGUGAGAGCAGACAUGGCCUGUGCCAAUUUAUUCUGGGAGGAGGGCAGGCACUGGAUUGGCAGCAGUUUCAAACCAACGUGUCAUUUCCUCCCCCAGGGCUGCCUGCACAGGUUCCCCUGCUAGGCCCGGGCCUCAGGUUACAGGAAACACCGUCUCCACUGGCAGACGAGGCACAGCAACGCACAGCAGCAGCCUUCAACACCAACUAGCCAUGCCAGCUUCAAUCAGCCACCAACAGGAAUAGACACACUUAAUUAGCCUCAAAGUAAGCGGCAGUACAUCACAGUGAGGACACACUGCACACACAGGUCAAUACGCUGUAACAAUCAAGUCAUGCUCAGACGAGGGCUCAGCAGAGAUGACUCUUGGAUUUGUGGCUCGCUCACAGAUUCGUCACAUGCCAGAGACGGCAGGUCUGCAUCAACGGCAUUCUGCAAUGUUUAGGUAAUGUGAUGACUUUAGAGCCGGGUGGAUAUGUCCCGUGAUUGCAUGAGUGUCUCUGUGCGUUACCCCGCAGGAAAACGCUUGUGACCAGAGCUGGGCUGCAGGCUGAGGUUAGAGGAAGGCUUCAUUAGUCUUUUGGCUGAUCUCUGUGAUGCCCGCUUGGCUACAUAUCCGUUUCCUUUCCUCGGCAGCAUGAUGGCAAGAGAGUCUGGUUCUGCUCCUCAGAGGCGGUUGAUCAUUUUAACAUACGAGUGCCCUUAUGCAUGAUUAGGAUUGCGUCCAACGACUAUUAUUAGCAUAGAUUAAAUGUAGGUAUUUCAACCAUUGACAGUUUGGUCUAUAAAACGCCAGAUAAACAGUGAAUAAUGACAUUUUAUCCAAAUCUAUUAAAUACAAGAGGGGACAUCUUCAAAUAUUGUUUUGUUGCACCAACCCCCCCCCCCAAAAAAAAGCAGCCACAACGUGAAAGGUUGGAACUAGGGAACAUUUGCCCUUUUUGCUUGUAAGAUUAUUUAAAAUUAUUAUAAAUAUUGUUGUUUAUACAUUUUCUGUAGCCCCUUUAUUGCAGCUCUACAGUUCCUCCAUUUUUUUCAAAGGAUUUUUUUUAUUUUCUAGAUAACUUAUAUCAUCCAGUGAUCAAAUGUAUUGUUGUUGCCUUCAAAUUAAGCUCUUUUCUGUCAACAGUUAGUACAUUUGGUGACAACACAAUGGUUAUUAUAACAUUAGUGUUCAUGCGGUUAAUAUCAUUUCCACAGAGGGUUUAUCAGCAGAAUUAAAAAAAUUGCAUCAUCUGAAAAAAUGAAGUCCAUUAAAAUGAAACCAAGAAAUAUUUGAAUCCAUUAAUUGAUAAAGGCUUUGUUCGAUGUGACGACUCAAAAUAAAAACAUUAUCAGAGAGAUGUUUAAGAUAAAAACAGAAUGUGGUCAAAUAAAUGAUUACUACUUUGUGGAGUUGGUCUUCUGGCUGGCCGGCCCUCAGCGCUCCACUCCUCUGCAGCUCCGUCCGUGUUGAUACUACUGAAAUAAAGCAAUUGAAAUCCAUAGUUAUAAUGUUGUGAGAAUGUGAACAAUAUAAAUGAUAUUGUUCUUUUGCGUGUACAUUUAUUUUGCUUAUUUGUCAAAUAAUGGACCUCCAGAGAUAAACCAUUGAAGUAUUACAGUAAUAUUGCCAAGAAAUGUAAAAAUAAGUUGUGUGUGUUAAUCUUAAGAGUUGCUCUGGACUUUUACCAAGGUCGAAAUUGCUUUCUAAUUUUCUUAUGGCUUUAAGCAGCUUUUUGUAUAUUAAUCAAGUAUUUCUACUUCUGAUUGUGACUUUAUAUAAUGUGCCAUUGCAAUAAGUUAUUGCGCUUACAGUGUUGGAGUUUUCCUUUUUAAUGUUUGAAUUGUCUCCUAAGGCCGUCCAUAUACUAGCACCAUGAACAGUUUCAUUAACAUCUGUAAGGUGUCUGACGUGUGUCUGUACAGAAGUAACUUGCUGUUUCUGUUGAUUUUGGUUUUAAAGCGAUUUCCAAAUAAAUGAAUCUCCAAUGUU